GAGAAGGAGGAGGAGGAGGAGGGAGGGGCGGAUGUCGGGUUGUCCGCUGUUGCCUGCUGCCGGUGCAGGUCGAGGGAUGGUACAGGUAAACUGGUUCUGGUUCUGGUUGAACAAAUGUGACGAACCCGGGACAGGCUCAUCUGUGUACCUCGCUCCCAUCAUCAUUCCGAAGAACGCUCUGCGACUGACAGAUUCCUGAGAGACUACAGAAACACAUAGAGGGGCGAGAGAGAGGGAGAGAGAAGAGUGAGUGAGUGAGUGAGCGAGUGGAUGUGUGUAUCUUUGUUCGAGUUGGCAAUUCGGAGGGUCAUUGCCUCCGCUAGCUCACAAAACCCUGGGUUUCGGGGGAGAGCAGCUGCAUGAGGGCAUUGGCUCGAGCGUCCGCCUCCUCCUGCGCUGCCGGGGCAGUUCACAAGGGCAGAGUGAGCGAGCGGGCUGGUGAGGUCCUCCAUCCAAUGUGCUGGACUAAUGGAGGACGCCAAAAAUUCUGGGACAGUUCAAUCACCUAGAUACUGUAAUGGUUCGCAGUCCAAGUCGUAUUCACUAUCUAAUCAGCAGCAGCAGCAGCAGCAUCAACAUCAACAGCAGCAGCAGCAGCAGCAACAGCAUCUGAAGGAUAGCAGCCCGCGUUCGGCGUCUGUUGUUGGCCAGCAGCCUCCGUUUUCGCGUCUCCAUCCGCUCAUGGCGCCCCAACAUACAUCGACGACGACAACAUCGAACAGCGUAGGGCAGUCUCAGUCUCCGCACGGCGCAUGGGCUUCGACCCCUUCGGACUGGGACUCGGCUCCCAACAUGUCGGAGACAAUGGAAGCGACAGCCAAUGGAUCCGCUCAGGAUUACCAUGGAGUCAGGUCAUCCGGGAGUGACUGGGACGUGAAGAUCUCACCGUGGGACUGGGAACAGAUGAGUACCAUCUGCGCUCCUGGUCGGGGUGGGGGUGGGGGUGGAGGCGGAGGCGAAGGAGCACAUUCUUCCAAGGGCUCGUACUCUCUGAGCCAGAGCUCGGAGAGUGGAUCCAUCGGCGGUGGGGGAAGCGGAGGAGUAGGAGCAGCUAAUCGUGUGACACUGCCAAAGAUCGAAGCUGACCUUGGGAAUGGUGGUGGCAGUCUGGAGUCCAACAGGAUUGUUAACCUAGUCGUCGACAGACGUGCUCCUCCGCAGCAAAGCUCGGCGGCGAGCAUUGACGAUCACCGCAAUCGACUGCUUCUGGGCUUGGGAGGAGUGGACGAUGUCUCGUCGGAGGAGAGGAGGCGCUACUGCCAGGAGCAUUGCAACGGCGGAACGGCAAAGAUUGGAGCUGCCGACGCCAUGAUCGGCUUGAAUCUGGGCAGGCGAGAGUACUUCGAAGACGCCGUCGCUCCAGCUCGCGCAUGCGGAGGCGCCCCGACGCCCUUCGCAGUGUGCCCUCCCGGGAAGAAACAACGCGUGCAGUCUCCGGGCGUCCAGGUUCCUCGUUGUCAAGUGGACGGAUGCAGGCAAGAUCUGUCCUCGGCCAAAGACUACCAUCGCCGUCACAAGGUGUGCGAGAUGCACUCCAAGGCGUCGAGAGUGAUGGUCGCGGGUCUGGAGCAGCGCUUCUGUCAGCAAUGCAGUCGCUUUCACGUGCUGACGGAGUUUGACGAGGGGAAGAGGAGUUGCCGGCGGAGACUGGCUGGACACAAUGAGCGUCGUCGCAAGCCGCAACCGGAGUCGGCUGCAAUCGCUUCUACGGGAAGUUCCGCUGCCCUUCAUGCUGAGAGUGGUUCGCAUGCUACAAGCGUCAACGGUGAAGAAGAUAAGAGAGGAACCAAUGGGUUGGCUGAGCGUGGAUCCUACAUGCCCUCACACAGAACUCCAGGGUCUUCAUCUACGUCUGUAGAGGAGAAUUCUGAUGACCAAUCAGGUUCAAUGGGAACCACUCUGAAGUUGAAUCAAGGAAGAAGUCUCUGGCAAGGAAUAUCGAGGGUCGAGGAAGCCGCGGGGUUAGCUUGCCAGGUUCCAUGUGGAGAGAGGCAGCAGCCGUACCUCUCUAGUGCGACAACGCACAGAAUGUUGUCAGUGAUGCAAAGUCCCAAAGGGGUGCAUCAGUUUCUGCUGGAAGGGUCUGGGGGUCCUGGUCUCACGUUGGCGUCGACUUCCGGUACCACGAGUGUGCUGUCUACGUUGGAGUCACCGACGUCAACAAGUGUAUCAGGACUUUCGGACUCUGGGCGUGCUCUCUCUCUUCUGUCAUCUCAGGCAUGGGGCUCCAGAGGUGGAGCCCCGGGCUCAGUAUCACUGGACCUGUCUUCACAGCCAAGUGUGGCACUCUUAGAUCGCCUCAUCUCUGAGAAGACGGGGGUUCCGUUUUCUCCACGAAGGCAGCCAUCGCCGUACCAUUCGGCAUCCGCCACAGCAGAGAACCUGUUCCCUCUGCAGCCCCACUCCAUGCGGGUCGAGGCCAGGGAGCAACACCGGAGCUUCAUCUCCGGCAUGAAUCUGGUCGGAUCUGGUUUCGACGGUGGAAUGCUCGCUCUGAUGCAGGGCAACCCAGACUUCCUUGCCGGCUACGGCGCGGUCAGUGUCGCCCAGCGUCCAACCAUCGACCUGAUGCGGCACCCAUCGCCCCAGUCGCACAAUAGCAGCACUCACCCCUCGGGUGUGCAGUCGGCCGAAUUUUCCGCCCUCAGAUCGUACGAGUCUUUUGAGUCCCUUCUUUAGGAGAGGGGCUCCGUUGUAAAUCAUUUCAGACCGACCCGUCGUUCUGUCUGACCCUUGCGAUUAGAUGCCGCUGGUCUGCCAGAAUUGAUUCAAAUGUAAAACAAAGGAUUUAGCAAGGAUUGUCUAUAUAUCUACCGGCUGUACUCGGGAAAGAGUAGUCUCACAGAAUGUAGGGAAAAUGGCCCCACAGGCUUCUAGGGAAACGGGCACGGACGUGCGUCUCUCAGGCUGAUACUUACCAGUGCCCUGCACGCUGUCCUUCAUUGUGAUGCUUCACUCGGUUUGCCUGCAGCAUUAUGCCUGUCUGGUCCUCGAUGAUUGAGUGUCGGGAGGAACCGGUGCUUGGUGGCAACAUCAUCGUUCACGAGUUUAUGAGCAGGCUUACUCAGCAUCUUGUGACUAGGAUAUUACGGCUUCCCUUCUCCUGAUUUUGGAAACCUCUCUCAAAGCAAGAACGGAGUGUGCCCUGGGGAAGAUACGGCCUCAACUGUUCCCUCCUUUCUUGUAAACAUUUAAGGAAUUGCCUCCGAUCUGAAUGUGGUCUAAUGGUGCCAACGGCGAGUAAACGGUGGUAUGAAUGGAAGAGAUAUAUGUUGAUUUAGGAUACGAUGUUAGCUUCUCAUUGUCGUACCGCCGGCCGUGAGGAAAAAUUUUAAUCAAUGCAUGACCUGAGUUGCAAAGUAGGCACUAAUAUCUUCAGUAUACUUGUGGGUUCUUAUCUGUGGAAAUGUCGAC